AUGGCCAGCUCCCGCCGCCUCGCCCGCUGGGGCCUCGUGUCACUGCCGCUGCUGCUGCUGCUGCUAGCGGCGUCGGCGGCGGCGUCGUCAGCGUCAUCGUCGGCGGCGGCGUCGGCGUCGGAGGCGGCGCGGCUGGCCGCCAGGAUUGCCAGCCUCGAGCGCCGCCUCAAGUCAGUGGAGCAGCCAGUGUGGGAGGUGUCUUCGGGCCCGGAGCGGUGGUCGCGCUGCACCGAGGGCCCGUGCCGCUGCCGGCCCGAGACGCUGAGCCUCAGCUGCUGGAGGAUGCACCUGCGGGAGCUGCCGGCGCUGCAGCUGGUGCCGACCGACGCCCGCGCCAUAGACCUGGGCGUGAAUGCGCUGCCAGCGCUCCACAAGGACGCCUUCAAGGACCUCAGCCGACUCGUCGAACUAGACCUGUUCGACAACAGCGUAGACCACCUGCCGCCUGCCAUCUUCGAGUCUCUGCACAGCGUCCGUCACAUGAGGCUGAACAGAAACCGCCUGGUGGAGCUCUCCGAGAGACUCUUCAGCAAGCUCGUCCACCUCGAGACGCUGGACCUGUCGUGGAACCAGCUGCGGUCGCUGCCGGAGAAGCUGGUGCGCUUCUGCAGCCAGCUGACGCUCCUCCACCUGAGCGGCAACCGGCUCGUCACGCUGCCGGAGGGGCUGCUGCAGGGGCUGGCGCGCCUCGAGGAGCUCGACCUGUCCGCCAACAGCCUCGAGCAGCUGCCGCCGCUGCUCUUGCAAGGGCUGUCGUCUCUGCGGCGGCUGCGGCUGUCGGACAACCGCCUGUCCGAGGUCCCCCAAGAGCUGCUGUCCGGCCUGUCGGCGCUCGAGUCUCUGGCGCUGCGCCGCAACCGGCUGGCGCGCCUCGGGCCGCGGCUGCUCGCCGGCCUGCACAACCUCACCGUGCUAGACCUCACCUCCAACAGCAUCACCGCCCUGAGCGGGGAGGAGCUGCGCGGGCUGUGGUGCCUGCGCGAGCUGCACCUGGGCCAGAACCUGCUGUCGCGGCUGCCCGACGGCGCGUUCGCGCAGCUGCCGGCGCUGCAGAAGCUGUUCCUGUUCGCCAACACGCUGGAGCAGCUGUCGGCGGGCGCGCUGCGCGGCCUGCACAACCUCACCACCCUGCUGCUCAACAACAACCUGCUGCGCGGCUUCGACGGCCGCCUGCUGGCGCACUCGCCCAGCCUGCUCAAGCUGCAGAUCGACAGCAACAAGCUGCAGUACAUCCCGGCGGGCGCGUUCGACGUCGUGCCGGACCUGGUGGCCAUCAAGCUGGCCAAGAACCCCUGGCACUGCGACUGCUCCGCGCUCUACCUCGCCACGUGGCUGCGUGAUCACUCGUCGCAGGUGUGGGACGCCUGGCCGACUUGUCGCGGGCCUGGGGACCUGGGCGGUCGCAACAUGCACGAGCUGGGCUUCGAGGAGCUGUGUGACGGCCAGUGGGCAUCCAUGGUCCGCCUUACGCCUCGCAUUCCCGUCGCCUGAUGGCGCCAUCAGCGGGCCUCCGAGGAGCUGCUCACGCAUUACGUCACCAUCGCCCGAUGACGUCAAGAGUGGAUCUCUGUAAAGCACCGCACACGGCACCUCCUCAUCGCCCGGUGGUGCCAUCGGCCAGCGUGUAUGAGGCGCCUCAUUCUGUACACCCCAGCCACCUGACAGCACCAUGAAGCAGGCUUGCGGCCAUCUCUUGGUAGUCCAGGGGGCCGCACAGCACUUGGGCCCUCUCAGCUCCUACUCAUCUACAAAGUCUACAAGUUAUAUUCUCGAACAUCCUCAAAAAAGUGCCAGAAAAAGAAAACACAGAUAAGAAAUCUGACUGAUAUUGAUAAAGAAUCAGACUAACACACAGACUGGAAUUUUGGUGAUGAUGAUGAUGACAUGUCAGUGUCCCUGUCGAUCCAACGCAGAUACGGGACAGCUGGCGGCUAGAUACUACCAAAAAAAAAAAAAAUCACUAAACAGCCGCAUGUUUUCAAAAGUUGUUAUUUUAUUUACCUGACCAGUUUCGGCAUCUCAUUAGCACUCCAUGUAUAGAGAAUCAGAUACAUCGAUGCAUGCAUAAUCGGAGCCACCAUUACCUGGAUUCUGUGGAUUUUAUAAUGUGUACACAUCGAAGAUUUGAUGACUCAAGUCUUCGAAGUAAACACUCCACAAAAACCGUUAUGCGUGCAUCGAUGUAACUAAUUCUCUAUAUGUGGUGUGCAUAGGGAAGUGGAGAUGGCAUUAAUGAGAUGCAGGAUCUGCUCGUUUAAACAAAAUAGCAUCUUCUGCAGACAUACGGCGGUUUGGUGAGUUUUGUUUGGUGAAUAUGUCAGUUUGGUCGCGCGACAGCAAGCUCUUUAGCGUCAGUACUAAAAUUUUGUGAGACCAGUGCAGAUAAAAAGGAAAUUAUUAAAACGUGAACUACAGAUAUCAAAA